AUGGCAGAUCUGACUUUCAACCAAAUCGAAACCGACUGGGCCAAGUUGGUAAAGAGUACUCCUUCCGUGGCCCGAUGGAUUGCAAAGGGAGGCAAACCCCCCGCUAUACAGGGUAAACCGAAUCAAGAGGAUAUUGAAGAGAGGAAAUGGUUGAAGCUCAGGGUCAACUGGGAUUCCAAGAAUGGAAGAUGGAUUCUGCAUCGACUAGUGAGAGAAUCGAAUAAGCAACUGGGAUGUCAGGAGAUUGUAACUAUCGACAAGGCCAGAAAGGUCUACGUGCAAAAACACAUAUUCCAGGGAAUGGAAAUCGAUUUCGAAGACUGGUUCAUCCAGAGAUACAGUGGGCUUGCACGAGCCGAUCUAAGAUGGUUGAUAAAGCGUUUCCAGGAGAUGAGCGAAGUAGAGACGGUGCGAAUGCAAAGUAGCGUAAGAGACGAGUCGGAAUACCUGGUUCCGGAGGAUUGGGCCACGAUGAACCCCAAGUCUGCUCCCCAGGAGGUUGGCGGUAUCGAGGGUACCGUAGCUUUGGAAACAACAGCAGAAUUGAAAGCUUCUCCGGUAAAUAUCAGCUUUCAGAUGCCGGGCAAAGGACCCAGCAAUACUGACAAAGAUCACGUUCAGAUUGUGAAUUCGAAGUCUGAGGUAACCAUUCCUGGAACUUCCGAGAAUGAUUUGCCGGAUAAAGCUCAAAUCGAGCCGAGUCAGAGCUUAAUGGAAGAGAAGGUCGGCAGUGUAGGUAAGCAGCAAUUGAAGGCACCAGAGGCACCAGAGGCACGAGUUGCCAAGCGCACUUGUCACGAGCCAAGAAGUCUCGUUGGGGUUGGUGCUACCGAGGUCGAGACUGCUGUCGAUGAGGCGUUCGUUGUCAGCGAGAGCGAGGAACUUGUCCAUGACGAGUUUUCAAAAGAUCGUCACCAGGACGAGAGCCCCGGCAAGGAGAGAGAUGUUGUUCAGUCCACCGAGGCUGCUCCUUUUAAGAAGGAGGAGCUCUGUAACCAGGACGAUGAGCCAAAGGGAGGUAAUACGGAGGAGAAAGACGAGGAACACGAGGCAGACGAGGCAGACGAGGCAGACGAGCAAAACGAGGAAGAGGAGCAAGAUGAGGAAGAACAUAAAGACGAGGAAGAAGAUGAAGACAAGGAAGACGAGGUGAAUGCAUUGAGACAGUACAGAGCGGAUUCUCCGGAGAUGAUGCAUGACCGCGAGAAGGUCAUAGUACGCAAGUAUCAAUGGCCGAGUUGGGUCGCUUUUAACGAGGGAGAGGUCAGAGCCUACAAGGUUCCGGAUCAAACAGGGUCUUUCAGAACCGUUUUCUACCACAAGGAGAGCGAUGACCAUCACUGGGAGGAGUACGAUCCUUUACCCAAGCCCAAGGGUACCGGUCAGCGCUUUGGUGGUAAGACCAGCCGAAAGGAGAUCCUUGCCGCAACGAGUGGCAUUGCAAAAUCCAACAGGAUCGGCAGAAAGAACAGGAAUUGA